CAAUUACACAUACAUUCACAUAAUUAUUUCUAAUUACUUUUAUCUUAACCGUUCAUCGAAUCUCAACCCUUAACCCGACUUACCGAUCCGCCACCUAAACCACUAAACCGGCCUGAUUUUAGGCAUAUACAAGUUCUUCUUGGCUGCACGCCUCCCAUGUACCCAAAACACGGUAGAUUGAGUCAGCAGCAGCCCAUCAAUGCCGAUCCUCGUGAGCCCAAAAUCCAAAAGCAAGAGAUGAGAUCGUUGAUCCGAACAAGUAAAACCAAAGUCCGACACAAGGAUCAAUCAGACAAUCAAUCCCGACAGAAACGGAUACGAAAGAGCAGCAUGCUCGCCCAUGCCCUCGCAGGUCCAGCCACCGGACACAAUCUCCUACAUCACAGUUCAUCCUAUCUACAAUACACCCGUCUUCCUGCUCCGUUGGUAGUUUCGCUCUUCUGGUCAACGACCGCAUGAUUUAUUCCAGACCCCGACUCUUCUCCUGCCUGGUUCGCUACCUUGACGCAUAUGAUAACAACAGUCACGAGACCUUUCGUUUGCUUCCUACUAGGCGACAUUGCAACUUGCAAGCUAAGCAGAUUACUUCAAGCGUUUUACAACCGAAGAGGCCAAUUUUGGUGUCUUCAUCAGCGAAAUAAUACAAAUUUCCUAACAAAGAUGCCAUCUUUAUUACUUGAUCCACUAUAAAUAGAAACCCGAUUGUUAGCUUCUGGGUCACCAUCUCCCUUCCUUCUUUAUCGCUUUCUUUGAUAUAUUUCUCUUCUUCUUCUGGGCUUGUCAACGAUGGUCAGAGAUCAGAAAAUGAACAUCAGAGGUGUUGCCAACUGUUUGUGGGUUUUGUCUGUAGUCUCCCUGUUGGUGGGUUCGGUGCAGGGGAGGAGAUCGUUUGCAGCAGUCAAGAAGCCCGACCCGAACAAUGCUGCUGCAACAGCUCGUUGGUUGGUCUCCCAGAACUCCUGGGGAGUCCUUAAUACUUUAUCAGCUGAGUUGGGUGGAGCUCCCUUCGGGAAUGUUGUUUCGUUUAGCGAUGGAGAACCUGGGAAAGGUGCUGGAGUGCCAUACUUCUAUUUGACAACUCUUGAUCCAACUGCGCAAAAUGCCUUAAAAGACCAGAGGUCAUCAUUCACCAUCAGCGAGUACCCUUUGGGAACUUGUGGCAAAGCUGACCCUGAGAACCCUACUUGUUCCAAAAUUACACUCACUGGAAAGUUGAUAUCUGUUGAUGAGAAGUCUAAAGAAGCAGAAUCGGCUCGAAAUGCCUUGUUCUCAAAGCAUCCCGAAAUGAAGGGGUGGCCUAAGGGUCAUGAUUUCCAGGUCUACAAGCUGGUGAUUGAAGACAUAUUCUUGAUAGAUUGGUUUGGUGGUCCUAAGCCUCUCACAGUAGAUGAAUACCUGAAAACCAAAAUGUCUCUUGCAACUUACAGGGACAAAUCUGUUGACAUUCUGUGAUUUCUGAGCUCCAUUCUGCAUGCUCGCUACUACUGCUUCCAAGGGAUAUGAUUUGAAUAUGGAAAUGUGAAUAAAUGUUGUUGAUUCAUUGUACGGAAAACCUUUUAUCAGCAAGCUAACUGCUUGCUGCAUCAUUUGUGUUCAGCUGAAAAGCAACCAGAACGGUGUAAAUAAUUGGAUGAUGUACUUUCUCAAGUUGAUGGCAUGGAAUUUCAUCAUUUGUGUAUGCAUGUGGCCAAUUUUUCAGUCCUUUCUUCAUCCUUAUAUGGUUUGAGGUUCAAUAGGGUUUCCUAUCAGGAAUAAGCUCUUCACACAAUG